ACCCAAUCUUGUGGCCCCGGAAUCUCAUCAGGGGCUGCGGUGAUCGCCUCUCUCCUCUGCCUUGCUCCGUUACCCCCAAACCGGCGAGAUCCAGCCGCUGACGCCCGCUGCAAUCUCUGCGUUGGCCCUGUCUCGCCCGCUAUCCGACCAACGGAUCCUUCUGCGAGCUGCUUCGACUCCUUGCAUUCCAGGUUUGAGACCGCCCUCGCCUCGAUUGCCAACUGCGAUUUUCCUCUCUGUCCUUGUCGGCCGAUUUAUACCCCGUGCGCUCGGCGAACCUUUUGAUUCUCUCUCUCUCUCUUGAUUUUCGACUACAUCUUCUCUCACUCAUUGCUGGGAUUGUCGAUUUUGCCUCGAGCUCGCUGCCCCCUAAUCCAAAUCCUUCUUCAAACUUGAAACACCUCACUCCGAUACUCUAAUUCUUCACCUCUCCUUCAAUUCACGCGAUAAUCCAUCACCCGUCAUCAUGGCUGCCGAGGUGCCCCGACAAUACGUCCCGCUGACGUGCCACGGUCACUCGCGACCAGUUCCUCACAUUAGCUUUUCUCUUCUCGAGAAGGAAGAAACCUACUAUAUGAUAUCAGCUUGCAAAGAUGGCAAUCCCAUGCUUCGUGAUGGUGUGACGGGCGACUGGAUCGGCACUUUCAUCGGACACAAGGGCGCUGUCUGGCAGGCUAGGCUGAGCCCCGAUGCCUCCAACGCCGCGACCGCGUCUGCUGACUUUACUGCCAAGAUCUGGGACACCCACACCGGCGAGCUCCUGUACACGCUGCAGCACGACCACAUCGUCCGCGCCGUUGCGUAUCCGCCCGACAAUUCGGAUCUUGUAGCCACCGGCGGCAUGGAGAAGAAACUUCGCGUCUUUGACCUGUCCGACGUCCCGGGUGCCCACAGUGGAAACCCAGUCACCAUCCCUGCAUCGGCCGGAUUCGAGAUUGCCGAGGGCGUGCACACGGGCUCCAUCAAGUUCAUCUGCUGGACUCAAGACCCAAACGUCAUCGUCACGGCUUCCGACAAGACUAUUCGCUGGCUCGAUCUCCCCAGCCGAACUUGCAUUCACCAGGAGGUGUUGGACGGCGAAAUCCGCUCUUGCGAGAUGGUGGCUCUGUCGCCUGAGUAUAGCUCCAUGACGGAUAUUGGUGGAGGAAAACCUAUUCUCGCUGUUUCUGCCGGCAAGACAGCCUACUUUUGGGGAGGCGACCGGGCGAUGGAAGAAUUGAAGCGCAUUAUUCUUCCCUACACCAUUGCCAGCGUGGCUCUCGAUGUCAAGGGCCGCAAGCUGAUUGUGGGAGAAGAGCCGGGAACGUGGGCCAAGGUGAUUAGCUACGACGACGAGGUAGAGAUGGAUAUUCACAAGGGUCACCACGGACCAAUCUGGUCCAUCGCUUUUUCGCCCGACGGCAAGCUUUACGCGACUGGCUCGGAAGACGGAACGAUCAAGAUGUGGAAGAACUGCGAUGGGUUCUAUGGCCUUUGGAGAGGCGGCACGGAGCGGUCUGCGGAGUAGAGAGACGCAGACCGCAGCUUCGCCUCAUCCUCAGAUGCGGCGCGGACCUCAAGCCGAUGCUUCACGCCAAGCAGCAGGCAAUCCGACGAUUUGUUCUGCUCUGACCUGGUGGUGCCUCCAAUCGAGAGCUCCCUUGCCAAGCUCAACCUUGUCGACGAGAGCAGCGGCAACAUGCGACGGCGUGCAAUUCUGUCGUCCAAGGGCUGAAGGCUGCUCCGGGAUGCCACCAUGAGAUUGACGCGGCAAAUGAUAGGGACAUGUCAUGCCGCCGACAUCACCAGUACCAUGGACGACAUGACUUUUGCAUGUUUUUCCUAUAUUUAUAUGAAAAGCAUGUGCCUAAUUUUACACAUAGUUAGACAUAGAGCUCAGGUUUGAGCCGCCUAGUUAACCUUGUAUGAUGGUAUCAAAUCAAUGGAAUAUGAAGGAGACUAGAGGGCCUCUUUGGUACUACCACG